UUUUCAGUUUGAACCCUGUUUAGACCGCUAAUAACGGUUUUAGUCCCUGACGAGCUCUUCCUCCUCCUCCGACGCCGCCGCCGCCGCCGCCGCCGCCACGCCGCUCGCCGGCGGCCCCUCGCCAUCGCCGCCUCUCGUUAGCUCCCCCCCCCCGGCGCCGACGCCGGCUUUGGCCUCUGUGGCUCGUGCCCUUCCAGGCUCCACUGCUCUCCGCCCCUCGGCUUGCUCUGCGCCGCGCGCCGCCUCCCUCAACUCUCGCCGUCUCCGCACGCCCUGCUCGGCUACUCGCCGCCGGCCGCGGCGGUAGUCAAGAUCGAGCCAUCAAAUCCUGUGUUUGCCACUGGCAUUAGAUUUGGUGGUUUUGUGAUGGGAGGCUCCUCAAUUGGGGAGGGAACUCUGUCUCUCGGUGACUUCGUUGCGUCUGCAAAGGCCCUGAUUGAGAAGUGGAAGGUGAUUGAUGUAGAAGAUUCUCUUCCUGAUUGGCAAUGGAAACCGUGUGGCAAGACGGGGGUUCCAUCUGAGGAAGAGGGCUACCUAGCUCUCGAAGGAGUAUACCGCAAUCCUGGAGGAAGGCAUGAACAAAUUGGGGAUAGCAGUAAUUUCGAUGAUGCGGACAUUGUCAGCGAUGAUGCUUGGGCCCAGAGCUCUAGUGAGAGUGUUCAUAUUUAUGAUUACCAUGUUGUCUAUAGUUUUUCUUACAAGGUUCCAGUGCUAUACUUUCAGGGUCAUCAGGCUGGUGGCCAGCUGCUAACUCUAGAUGAGAUAAAAGAGGACCUUCCUUCUCACUCACUUAAAUUAUUAGGUGAAUCGAAGUGGACAUUUAUUACUCGGGAGGAGCAUCCCCAUUUUAGUAGGCCAUGGUUCACUUUGCAUCCCUGUGGAACCAGUGACUGUAUGAAGUUACUUCUUGAAGGAGUGGAAAACAAGGAUCAACAUGUGCAAUACUUACCGGCAUGGCUAUCUGUGGUUGGCCAGGCAGUAGGACUGAAAAUCCCACUUGAGCUUUAUGCUUCUGGACUGAAAACACAGGAGUAGCAAUUGCUUGCCAAUUUGCCAUUUGGCUCUUGCAAGUUCGUCAGCAACAUAUCUAUUUUGCGCAAAUGCCAAUGCUUAUGAUCAAACUGUACUGCAUCUGGUAAGGCUCAUAUCUGGAUCUUCCAUUCCUCUUUACGUUUUGUUUGGGAAAUGGAGUCCAUGUUUCAUCUGCAGAGUUAUACAUGCAAUCAAGUAAUACACAUAACAUUAUUCAGAGAUGCAUCAUGUCUCCUGGAAACCUGGAAACAACUGAGGAUCAACUUCCUAGAAGUAACUGAAGAUCAUCAACUGGCCUACUAAUCUUUGUUCUUAGUGCUAGAUCAUAUCAAUUUAGUAUAGAAGCUAAAAGAGAACCCUGGUUCCAAAUUGUUAUUAUGAGAACUAGAAAAUAAUCCUAUCAAAGGCCAGCCUCAAAUGUUUCCCUUUUUUGUUUGAAAACAUCAUUAAUCAUGCAUGUUAGUUUAUCGACCAGAGCAUUUUGAACAGUCACAGACAAACUGAUCAACCAUAUUAUACGCUGCA